AUGUCAAACCAUGAUUCUGUGAUGCAUUGCAUCUCCCCACUGAUUCGUUUUUUCCUCCCACCGUUUGCCCUCCACCUCCCGCCGUUUGCCCUCCACCUCCCGCCGUUUGCCCUCCUCCUCCCACCGUUUGCCCUCCUCCUCCCACUGUUUGCCCUCCACCUCCCGCCGUUUGCCCUCCACCUCCCGCCGUUUGCCCUCCACCUCCCGCCGUUUGCCCUCCACCUCCCGCCGUUUGCCCUCCACCUCCCGCCGUUUGCCCUCCACCUCCCGCCGUUUGCCCUCCACCUCCCGCCGUUUGCCCUCCACCUCCCGCCGUUUGCCCUCCACCUCCCGCCGUUUUCCCUCCACCUCCCGCCGUUUGCCCUCCACCUCCCGCCGUUUGCCCUCCACCUCCCGCCGUUUGCCCUCCACCUCCCGCCGUUUGCCCUCCACCUCCCGCCGCUUGCCCUCCACCUCCCGCCGCUUGCCCUCCACCUCCCGCCGCUUGCCCUCCACCUCCCGCCGUUUGCCCUCCACCUCCCGCCGUUUGCCCUACACCUCCCGCCGUUUGCCCUCCACCUCCCGCCGUUUGCCCUCCACCUCCCGCCGUUUGCCCUCCACCUCCCGCCGUUUGCCCUCCACCUCCCGCCGUUUGCCCUCCACCUCCCGCCGUUUGCCCUCCACCUCCCGCCGUUUGCCCUCCACCUCCCGCCGUUUGCCCUCCACCUCCCGCCGUUUGCCCUCCACCUCCCGCCGUUUGCCCUCCACCUCCCGCCGUUUGCCCUCCACCUCCCGCCGUUUGCCCUCCACCUCCCGCCGUUUGCCCUCCACCUCCCGCCGUUUGCCCUCCACCUCCCGCCGUUUGCCCUCCACCUCCCGCCGCUUGCCCUCCACCUCCCGCUGUUUUCCCUCCUCCACCCGCCCCGUGCCUCUCCCCAGUCCGAGAAUUCCAAAGAAAACCCUUCCCCAGAUGGCACCUUCCCCUACCCACCAACCCCGCGGCUCCUCUUUUACCCUUCAGCCAUCCCUGUGAGAGUCGAGCCCUUCACAUGCCCGUCGCGCCUCCCUCCAGUCUAUGCCCGUCCAGGUGUCUUCCUCACAGCAAGAAUCACUCCCGCGCUGCCAGGUGUCAACGUCUCAGUGGUUGCUGACUCAGCAAGCGACGCAGGGGGUUGGAAGGCAGGGGAGUUGGUGGGAUGGCGGUUGACAGAGGGGUGGCACGGAGUAGAAAAGGGGAGGAGGGAUUUGGGGGAGAGUGAUGGGGAGGAGGGGAGAGUAGCAGGGGCGGGGAUGGAGGGGGAGGAUGAUACAGAGGCGGUUGUGCUGGGUCCGCUGUACGACGAUGCAAGCUACCACGUGGAACUGAAUAAGUGUGCAGGAGGGAGACAUCUUCUUAUCUUCUCGUCCGCUCGAGACAACUCUUUUGCAGCAGAGAAGGCCAAACCCACACAGGUGAGUGCAGCUGUUGCGAAUGUUUUGGUUGCACAUGCAACUGGUGUUAAUGCGAGUGUGACUGUGCUGGAAGGCUACAUCUUGUCGUCCACUGGAGACAACACUUUCACAGCAGAGAGGGACAAACCCACACAGGUGAGUGCAGCUGUUGGGAAUGUUUUGGUUGCACAUGCAACUGGUGUUAAUGCGAGUGUGACUGUGCUGGAAGGCUACAUCUUGUCGUCCACUGGAGACAACACUUUCACAGCAGAGAGGGACAAACCCACACAGGUGAGUGCAGCUGUUGCGAAUGUUUUGGUUGCACAUGCAACUGGUGUUAAUGCGAGUGUGACUGUGCUGGAAGGCUACAUCUUGUCGUCCACUGGAGACAACACUUUCACAGCAGAGAGGGACAAACCCACACAGGUGAGUGCAGCUGUUGCGAAUAUUUUGGUUGCACAUGCAACUGGUGUUAAUGCGAGUGUGACUGUGCUGGAAGGCUACAUCUUGUCGUCCACUGGAGACAACACUUUCACAGCAGAGAGGGACAAACCCACACAGGUGAGUGCAGCUGUUGCGAAUGUUUUGGUUGCACAUGCAACUGGUGUUAAUGCGAGUGUGACUGUGCUGGAAGGCUACAUCUUGUCGUCCACUGGAGACAACACUUUCACAGCAGAGAGGGACAAACCCACACAGGUGAGUGCAGCUGUUGCGAAUGUUUUGGUUGCACAUGCAACUGGUGUUAAUGCGAGUGUGACUGUGCUGGAAGGCUACAUCUUGUCGUCCACUGGAGACAACACUUUCACAGCAGAGAGGGACAAACCCACACAGGCGGUGCUGCAUCCCUCUUCUCUCUUGUUUCUUUCCUUCAACCCUCAAACAUUACUUUCUUGUAGCAGCAAAUGUGCAAGCCUGGCAGCAGCAGCGGGGGGGAGCAGCAGGAGUGCAAGUGGCAGUAGUAGAUUCUCCACCGCUGGAUCUGAGUAG